GUGUGCAACAAACCAGAUUGUCAGUUUACACGCGUGCACGGGUGCGAGUGGUGCAUGCUGGGAGCAGUUCUCCUGCUCUGGGCUCGACUGGAGCGACUGAACACCUGGAUUAUUAUUAUUAUUAUUGACUGAGCGUUUUUUGUUUUGUUUUUGUGUUUGUUCUUUUCUUUUCUUGUCAGUUUUUUUUUUUUUUUUUUUGUCAUUAGCUUGUCUUGAGAAGCCACGCGCCAACCAUGUCCGGGGCUCCUCAGGACGUGAACAAGCUCACCGAGCUAACUUAUAAGAAUGUCAUGGACCAGUUCAACCCGAGUCUGAGGAACCUGGUCAACCUGGGAAAGAGCUAUGAGAAGUCAGUCACAGGCAUGACCCUUGCCGGGAAGGCUUACUUUGAUGCCAUCACAAAGAUAGGAGAGAAUGCUACCAUGUCUCCAGUUUCAAGGGAACUUGGUAUGGUUCUGAUGGAGAUUGCAGAUGUCCACAAAAAGGUCCAUUUUGAGCUGGAGCAAAAUUUCAAGAGAUUCCACCGAGAAGUUCUUAUUGAGCUGGAGAAGAAGACAGAAAUGGAUAUGAAGUACAUGAACGCCACGUUCAAACGCUACCAAUCAGAACACAAGCAGAAGCAGGACUCCCUGGACCGCUCGCAGACUGACCUGAAAAAGCUGAGGAGGAAGAGUCAGGGCAAGAACGUGUCCAAGUAUGAGAUCAAGGAGAAUGAGUACGUGGAGACCAUCUCGUCCCGCCAGAUGGACAUGGAGAAGUUCAUCGCUGACGGCUGUAGAGAAGCUCUGCUGGAAGAAAAACGCCGCUUCUGUUUCCUGGUCGACAAACACUGCAUGUUCUCUUAUCACAUUAGUAACUUCCACGAUAAAGCAAAGGACAUGCUGAACGAGAAGCUCCCCAGUUGGCAGGAGAUGUGCUGUGAUGUCAGUAAGGUCCCUGACACGGUCAGGCACAUGAUAGACGGACUUUCCAUCAAUCCAGAGCAAUCGGUGCUUGCUGAACACCACAACAGGAACAGCGUCGAGUCAGUGGUGCUGCCCCCUGUACCCCAACUAAAGGCGCACACUAGUCCACUCGCAAACAUGUUCAACCCUGAGCCCAGAUCUCCAAUCACUUCAUCUUUAGAGAAUCACUCAGACCAGGGCAGCUUCAACGAGGACAGUUCGUCCCGGGUGACGUCCCAGUUCUCGGGUCUCAACAUGACGAAAAAGCCUCGGGUCAGGACCGUCUUUCCCCACUCGGCGGGCAACAACACCACCCUCCUCAGUUUUGACGAGGGCAACAUGAUCACCUUGCUCAUUAAGGAAGAGAAGGACGGGUGGCUUUACGGCGAGCUGGAGAAGACUCGGCAACGUGGUUGGUUCCCCUCAUCCUACUGCAGAUCUUACUCUGAGCCUCACAUAUCAAAUAGCAGCAAAUUGGGGUCACCGGUGCGAAGUCCGAGUGUUACCAGUCUGGCCGAGCUGGAUGAGGAGGAGCCCGUGUUGCUGCCGCCGCCAGACUACUCGGAUGACUUCCCCACCAGCACGGUGAUCCAGUCAAUGUCAUCGCCACCGAAUAUGGUUUCUUUAGUAAAUGGGACAGCAAAGGUUCCUUUUCUAGGAGGAGGGAAUCCUUUCGCGACAGUAAAGCUGAGACCCACUGUCACCAAUGAUCGAUCAGCACCAGUCAUCUAAACGCAAACCAUUUCAGGGGAAUCACGGUAGCCCUCCAACCCGCCCGAAAACUGCACCCCAACUAGACAUCUCACCAGCUUGCAACAGUCUUUUCAAGAGAUCAUAACAUCCAUCCAUCCAUUUUCUGAGCCGCUUCUCCUCACUCGGCUCGCGGGCGUGCUGGAGCCUAUCCCAGCUGUCAUCGGGCAGGAGGCGGGGUACACCUUGAACUGGUUGCCAGCCAAUCGCAGAAGAGAUCAUAACAUGAAUGCAUUUUACCGUGCCACAAUAUGGACAUAUACGUAUAUUCCAAAGUGUAAUGUUCAUUCAUCCAGUCUGUGUUCAUGUCAAGUAAUUCAAAAUAUUACUCAUAAUGAAAACACCUGCAAUGAAUUGCAUACAUGAAAAAACUGUUGUUUCUCAAAUGACUGAAUGAGAGAAAAUCCAAAUAUCUUUUCUGUUUCUGUCCUCCAGACAAAAUAUUCGAAAUAACCCUUAGUUGUUUUUAUGUGCCAAUUGUUUUUAGCCAAUCUCUGUCCUCGUAUAUGUCAAAUAAAAACGUUUAUCUGCCGGUUGAUUUAGAGGAAAAAUGUGUUUGUGCAGAACAAACUGAGGACAAGCAUUUUCCUAAAAUGACUCAAGCUUUUCUAUUAUUGUUUGUGCUGCAGUUAUUGCAGUGAUAAAUGUUUGUUUUACCAUGUUCCUGACAAAACUGCCCAGCAAACAGAAAAUGUCUUCCUGACUUACAGAAAAAGAAAAAGAAAUCUAAAAAAAAAGUCACAUUUUUAUUUUUUAAUAUAUUAAGUAUUGUCUUUUCUCUUUUUAUUUAAAGAGCUGUGCGAUGUUGUGCAGAGAUUGUGAGAAUGAAGGGAGCGUGCUGUGUUGAUAUAAAGGAUUUGUCCUUUGAGAGACAGCAGUGAAGUAUGUCACUAUCUGAAAUAAGAUUUUAUAUUUAUAAGCAGGAUGUUUGUAGGAGAUAUUUAAAGAAAAUGUACAGCAUAUGUCCAUGAUGUGCUCAAGCCGAGCUUGGUUUUGGUUUGACUGCCAAUGUUUUAAAUGGAUAACAUUUUGAUGAAGGGAAUAUUUUUCACGCUUUGUGAUUUGGGCAGGUGUGCAGUUUAUGCAAUAUGUUAAUGACGUUCCUCACUGAUUGACAUUUACGUUAUUUGUUAAUAUAUCAGGUCACAAUUUUGAAAUAGACAAACAGGAUUCUGUGAGGAGAUCAACUUUUGGUCACGUAUUUGCUUUACAGAAAGUGUACUCUGUGAUGGAUGAGUGAUCAGUUAUUCCUCUGUGCCUCCUUCAGUGUACCUUGCCAUUGUGUUCACAAUGUAGCCUUUUUUCCCUUAAUAAAACAUGAUACAGUCUA